UCGCUGAACGAAUAAGAUUGGUGCAUCAAGCUGCUGUCUGGGUGAUAUUACGGUAUAAAUUCUACGAAUGGUAACACUUGAAGAAGAUUGGGUGUACGGUUACUGUUUGGACGUUAGUAUCGAGGCCUUAAUUUUAAGUUUGGUGAUUGAAGAUUUUUCAGCGUAAAAAUUCAAUAUAAUAAGAGAAGAAACGCCUGUUACUGCAAUUUAUAUAUUCAUUUAAUGGCAAGUUUCAAGAAUAAAACAAGAGAUGAAAUACCUACAGCAAAAUUAUUAGCUCAGUUAAAGCCGUCUGAAGUGAACGAGAAUUAUUACCCUAAUGAUUGGGAAACAUGGCAGUGCGCUUUUGCACCCGAUGAAUCGUAUUUUGCUUGGUCUUGUGGAAAUCGUCUAGUCACUCUUGUACCUUGGAAUAGAUGCAAGUCUACUUUGCCACAGUUGUCGGAGGUCUUGGCACAGUUAGUUCUUCCAAAGCCAGGAAUCAGUAAUCAUUAUUUCAACAGAGCUUCGACAGAUGACACGGACAAGGACGGACACAAACUUCCACAUAAAACCAUCACUAUUGAUUGUGGGUGCUUGGUGAGGUCAGUGGCCUUUGGUUCUGCUACUUCGGAUAAGAAACACUUGUCAUCGAAAGCCUUUUGGACACACUUCAGUGUUUCGAAGGACCUCAUCCUUGCUACUGGUCUUAACAAUGGUCGCAUUCGAACUUGGGAUAUCUUCACUGGUCAUUUAAUUUUGGAGCUCAUGGAUCAUAGGAGCGUUGUUACAGAUCUUGCUUUUGCCCCAAAUGGUAGUCUCAUCCUGGCCUCUGUAUCUCAGGAUGCAACUAUCAAAUUCUGGGAUCUGAAUGAUGAUGGAAACAUGUUUAAAACAUUGAAGAUGAAUGGGAAAUCUGUAAACUCUUGUGCCUGGUCUCCAGAUGCCAGAAUGUUGGCAACUGUAGGAAUGUGUACAUCUGUUUAUGUGUGGGAUAUGAAUGACUACAGUCUGAAACUUCGACUGAAUGGACACAUGUACGAUGUUGUAGCUUGUGAGUUUUCUCCUGAUGGAAGUCUUAUAGCCACAGCAUCGUGGGACACGCAGGUUAUUUUGUGGAAUUCCUAUUCUGGAAUGAAGUUAAGAUGUUUUGGUCAUCUCUUCCCACCUCCAAGACUUAUUUAUGCAUCGGGGGCAAAUGGAACAUGGGUACGAGGACUGUCCUUUUCUCCUGAUGGAACCCACAUAGGGACGGUAGCGGAUGAUGGUUAUGUACGAUUUUGGGACAUUUUAUCACAUGAUGACCCUGUAGCUGUUGGGUCAGUAGAGGAGGCACUGUGCUGCACAUAUUCCCCAUCUGGACGGGUUUUGGCUGUUGGUGGAGGCCUCACAUUGAAUGGAGGAGAAGAUGAUAAAGUAUUCAUCGUGUAAGGUGGCGAUUGUGGUCUAGGCCUAACGUUGGUUCAUCUUCUCGGCCGGCACGAGAGCCCUUCCCCUUCAGCUCGCAGUGUGCUGAAGUUGGUGGGCAGAGAGGUUUGUCUCUCGGUCUUUACUGGGAACAAACCAAUUUAUAUUAUAUGUGUGCUAAUAGUAUAUUCAUUCAUCAGUAUUUUUUAUAAACUAGAAAAAUUGGUAGAAUUAAAUCUUCAUUUCAUUGUUCAGUAAUACCGUUUAUGAAGUACUACUCAAAAAUAUUGUGUUUAAUUUUACUUCAAAAGAACUUAUUCUAAAUAUAUAUAUUGAAUUAUUAUAAUUGAAAUAACCUGUGAACUUUUACAUGAUAAACUGCCAAUCGUUGCGAUUUUUCUUUGCAACUAUCUCGCCUGGACAAACUGAUUUUACAGACGUCAAACUCAUUGAAUUUCCUCUUUUUCACCAAAUCGUUCCCUUUCUAAUUUAAGGUUUAUUAUCAGUAAAAGUGUAUAUAUAUGGUUUUAUCGUGACUGAUUUCGCUGCUGCCAUCAGCAAGGUAGUAAGGUUCGAUUCAAAUGUCUGUUUAAUGGUGUUUCUCUUUCCAGGUUCCAAUGUCUUCUGUUAAAACCUUGCAUAUCCUUUGUAUUAUUUAAAACUUUCAUAAAAUCUUGCAUGAGGAUAAGUUGAAAUCGGUUUACUUUUUUUGUUCCAGUUAUUAAAAUUUCAUUGUGAUAAAUUUUUCAUAAAUUUUUUUUCUUUUCUUUUUUAAUUGUAAACUGUUUUGUUGCUCGAUAAGUUGGAA